AAUAACCUUUCAUGUCUUCGUCUCUUAGAUAACUCAUAUCAUACUCAUAUGUGUAUCAUACAUUUUAAACUGUCUAAUCACUAUCAUAAUAUCAUUAAAUCCCUCCACUUAAAUUACCCAUAUAACCUUUUCUUUCCAAUAAAGCUUCCCUCCACACCUGCAACCCAAAGUCUCCAACGCGACGUUACCCAUACCUCACCAUGCUUCCAUCUCUCGCUUGUUGCCUCAAAACUUCCCUUGUUCUAUUUCUCCUCCACAACCCGCCAUGCGUCACCUCCAGACGAACACCGGGCUUUGCACUGUCGCCACCAAUGGAAACAACCAUCCAAGACAACAACAACUACACGUGGCACAAUUUCAAAACCUUCCUCAAUGCCAGGAAGGGCAGCCACGUUAGCGGCAUGUCCGAGCUCAAAAGAUACUUCCAUCGUUUCGGUUAUCUCCAACUACGCGAUUUCGAUAACAUAACAGAUAAUUUCGAUGCUGGGUUCGAAUCGGCGGUUCUUCGGUAUCAAGCUAAGCUAGGUCUCCCAAUCACUGGUAAGCUCGAUUCUCAUACCAUAUCGCAAAUAAUGGCACCCAGAUGCGGGGUACCCGAUACGGUUCACAAACUGCAUGCUUCAAGAAAUUACGUGUAUUUUCCUGGGAAACCUCGGUGGACUCGCCACAUACCGAUGACUCUCACUUACUCGUUCUCGCCAGAGAAUUUGAUCAGCUACUUGAGCUUAUCGGAUGUAAAGAACGUGUUUAAACAUGCUUUCGCCCGAUGGGGAUCGGUGAUUCCGGUGAGCUUUAUGGAGACGGAUGAUUAUGGUUUCGCUGAUAUUAAAAUUGGAUUUUACAGUGGCGAUCAUGGAGAUGGAGAACCGUUCGAUGGGAUUUUAGGAGUGCUAGCACACUCAUUUUCGCCAGAGAGCGGCAAGUUUCAUCUUGAUGCUGCGGAAACGUGGGCCGUUGAACUCGGAAUGGAGAAAUCAGAGGUUGCAGUAGACUUGGAAUCAGUGGCUAUACAUGAGAUUGGACACUUGUUAGGGUUGGCUCACUCUCCUGUUAAUGAGGCGGUCAUGUACCCUAGCUUGAAACCUAGGAAAAAGAAGGUGGAUUUGAGUGUUGAUGAUAUACAAGGGGUCCAAGCUCUCUAUGGAUCUAACCCAAAUUUCACACUCGGGUCUUUGUUAAAGUCCGAUAUUUCUACAAAUCAAUCCCUUCAUCAAAGGGUCAGAUAUUCCCUGUGGUCCACAUUGUUUAUUGCUUUAUUAUUGAUGCUUUUGUGCAUGUAAAAUCAUAACAUUCAUUUUUUGAUUUUUUUUUUUUAUUUGGAUUCAUUCGAAUUCGAAAAUUC